UUUUUCACCGCAGGUGGGGGUGACCAGAGAAACAAUUCAAUCAAUCGUCUCCCUUCUCCCCCUCUAUUUCCUCCUCUGAAUCCGAAACCCCAAAAGCCUCUCUGCAAUCUUCCCGUAAACCCUAAUCGAGGAAUCAGCAGCUUCCCCAGAUCGAAGUUCUGACGCCAUGAGUUCUGCUUCCCUGGCCGGAGGAACGGGCUUGUAUGGUGGAUUUACUAAGCUCUGCAAGGGCUUGGCGGUGGUGCUUGUUGGCGGACACGCCGCGGUGCAGAUCUUCCCUGCUGCUGUCGCUUACCUGGCUCUGAUUCCUGCUAGGACAAUUCCUUUUGCUUGGAAUCUUAUAACUGCAGGUUACAUCGAGCAAUCGAUCUAUGGGGUUAUUGCCAGCGUCAUUGGUCUUCUAUUCAUGGGAAGGUUUCUGGAACCUAUAUGGGGUUCUAGGGAGUUCGUGAAGUUCAUUUUCGUAGUAAACUUUUUUACUUCUCUCUGUGUUUUCGUCACUGCCAUCGCCUUGUACUACAUAUCAAGGGAAGAAAAUUACCUGUAUAUGCCCGUAUCAGGUUUCCAUGGGGUCCUUGUGGGUUUCUUGGUUGGCAUUAAGCAAAUUAUACCUGAUCAGGAAUUGCCCGUCUUGAGGAUCAAAGCAAAGUGGUUUCCAUCUAUCGUGCUGUUAGUGGCUAUUGCUGUAAGUUAUUUCAUGCCAGAGCCUGCAGCAUACAUUCCGAUGUUGGUAUUUGGCACGUAUAUGAGCUGGAUAUAUCUCAGAUACAUACAGAGGAGGCCAGAGACUAAAUUUAUGGGCGAUCCAAGUGAUGAUUUUUCAUUUGCUUCAUUUUUCCCAGAAUUUCUCAGGCCAAUCAUUAAUCCUAUUGCAUCAGUAUUUGCCCGUAUGCUGUGUGGGAGAUCCGAUUCUAUGACUGAUGCCCACGGUGACGCCCUGGAAGACACCCCAUUGCCCGGUUCAGACCCUAUUGAGGCUACCAGGAGGAGAGAACGCGGAGCCCGGGCCUUGGAAGAGAGGCUUGCAGCUGAGAGACUGGCCGCUGCACGGACUGCGGAAGAUCCGCAAAGUGAUGCCGCAGCAAAUGUUUGAUAGUGCGGGACAACCAACAGCAUAGUACAGUAGCAAGAACCUCCUGUCUCAUGAAGUUACAGUGAGCUGCAGCAGCAUUGCGGGAUAUAGACAUCUUCUUUAAUUCUUUCUUUUUUUCCCCCCUUUCUCUUCCCCUUGUCGGAAUUCUAGACACUGGCUUCUGCCAGAAAUGGCGGAUUGUGUUUGUUAUAAUGCGACAGAAUUUGCAGCGUCUUCGAAUGAAAAUUACCUGUGAAUUAUUUGGUUCA